AUGUCAGAGGACGACUUAAAGCAGAGUUUCAUCGACAUGACGGAAUUCAUCAAGGACAUAAAGAAAACCGGUGCAGAUCCGGUAGUGCAGGCCCUGGAAAAGAGACAACUGGAGAGUGCUGUCUCAGCUGUGCCUGCUGAGCCACCGCCACGUGUAGAGAAGCAGGAGCAGCCAUUCCAGAGGCCACCACCAAGGACCAGGUCCAGAACCAGAUCCAGGGAAUCUCCCCAUCCCAAGAAAAGUCGAACAACGCGGACGUUUGUGUCUAAAGGGCGAGUCUACAGUUUGAUACCGGUGGCCCCGGAAUCACAAGUCAUUGUCAAGAAAAUGGCGCGAUAUGACCCCCCUGCCAAGUUUACGUUCAAAGCUGAAGAAUGGAGUGAGUGGAUAGAGGAAUUCGGACGAUUUCGGAAAGCCACUAAACUUCACAAAGAAGACGGAGAAGUACAAAGGGACUCACUUAUCUACUGUAUGGGAGGUAAACAAGCCAACAAAAUAUUCAAAACGUUGAAAUUUGUUUCGCAUGAUGUGCCUGACCCAGAAAACCCUAGUGCCACAAUUAGAGAGGAGGAAAAGGACACUGAUUACGACACAGUUGUCAAGAAAUUCACACAGUACUUCAUCCCGAAAAGAAAUAUAAUACACGAGAGAUCACUCUUUCAAGAGAGGGUCCAAAGUAGGGAGGAGACGGUGGAGGAAUUUCUAAGGGACCUUCAAGCAAUGGUGGAGAAUUGUGAGUACAAGGAUCCAGAAGACCAAGUACGUGACAGGUUUGUCGUGGGACUCCUAGACCGAGGGGUGAAGCAAAACCUGCAGCUGAUGCCAGAUUUGACCCUUGAUAAAGCUUCAGCAGUGGCACGCCAGCAUGAACAGGUAAAAUUACAGAUGGUACAGCAACAAGCUUCCCACCAGGAGGUUAGCGAGGCAAAGUUCAAACAAAGGGAGCAUAGACCAAAGUGGAAGAAAGAUGUCAGCAGCCACAAAACAAAACAGAAAUGCAACCGUUGUGGUUACGACUGUCACCCACGGGGUGGUAAAUGCCCUGCUAGUGGACAGAUCUGUAGGUCAUGCAAUAAGCAUGGACAUUUCUCUUCGGUGUGUCGCAGUGGUAAACACCGAGGUGGAAAUUUAAAUGUGGCAACAGACGCAGUGACAUCUCAGGAUACAUCCGAGGGGGAGGAAUCAUUCUUCCUUGGAACAAUUGAUUGCCAUGAGGAGGAGGAAGCGUGGUAUGUGCCACUGAACAUAUGCGGCUCAACUGUAAAAUUUAAAAUAGACACAGGAGCUGACGUAACAGUGAUUUCACACACCAUCUGGCGAUCAAUGAAAAGUCGCCCACACCUGAUGCACAACAAGGUCAAGCUCAACAGUCCUGGGGGCCAGCUCAAGGUUCUAGGUGCAUUUACAGCUGUCAUCAAUCACAAGGGGAAAGUCUAUACAUUUCGUGUAGUCGUGAUAGAUGGAACAGGACCAGUCAGCCUGCUAGCCCGUGGAGUGGCAAAGAAAAUGGGCCUAGUUACCCAUGUAGAUGAAAUCUUGAGUCAGUUCAACUCAGAUAUUGGUCUCUUGAAGACCGAACCAGUCAAGAUCAGUUUGACAGCAGGUGUAACACCACUGUGUGUCAACACCGCACGAAAAGUUCCGUUUUUCCUGAUGGAUGCGGUGAAAACAGAAAUACGGAGAAUGCAGGAUAGUGGAGUGAUCCGUCCUGUCACUGAGCCCACCGAAUGGUGUGCAGCUAUGGUUCCGGUUCAGAAGAAAAAUGGUAAACUGCGCAUUUGUGUUGACAUAAAAAGACUGAAUAGGGCUGUUCGCAGAGAACAUUACACACUUCCGAAUCUAAGCGACAUCGCUCCUAAGUUGGCUCAGUCCAAGUACUUUACCAAGCUGGAUGCAGCAAGUGGAUUUUGGCAGAUCCCCUUGGAUGAAAAAAGCCAACUGCUCACAACAUUCAUGACGCCGUUUGGGAGGUAUGCAUUCUGUCGCGUUCCCUUCGGUAUUACUUUGGCGCCAGAGAUCUUCCAGCGAAAAAUGACCGAGUUACUUCAUGGCUUGGAGGGAGUAGAGGUCAUAAUGGAUGAUAUCUUGGUUCAUGGCCGAUCCAUGGAGGAGCAUGAAAGGAGGCUAACUGAAGUUCUGACGAGACUGCAGGAAGCAGGUCUUCGUUUAAACCGAGAGAAAUGCCAGUUUAGGAUGAAAGAAUUGGUUUACUUUGGUGACCUUAUCGGUGCUGAAGAGAUCAAGCCAGACCCAGAGAAGGUACGGGCAAUGAUGGAUCUGACUCCACCCUCCAAUGUCAGAGAACUCCGUAGCUUGAUUGGAAUGUUCCAAUACCUAGGCAAGUUUGCAAACAACCUGUCUUCUGUUAUGAAGCCCAUGACAGAUCUGCUGAGGUCUGACAGUGUCUGGUUAUGGGGGCCAAGUCAGCAAGCAUUGGCUAUCUUCUCACGAAGUCCGGCAGCUUACAAGGCCCUCAGAAAACUGCAAAUACUGCAGCUGCCAUGCAUCCGCAGUCUGCAAAUGCAGAUGGAAACUGCGCUAGAGGUCAGCGGGCUGUCUGAAAAAAAUCUGCAUGCUGCAGCAGAAUACUAUCGCAGCUUCAAAUAA